AUGGUGGACAGGCUUGGCUCUCAAAUUAAUAAAAACGCUCACGCACCUUCCCAACGCGACACGCUGCCGAGCCGCUGGGGAGAGGAAGCGCCGGAUACGCCGACCGUGUCUCGGAACGAGAACAAACGCACACAUGCACUUUCUGCUGACGUAUACCCUAUUCGUGACACGCCGCACAAUCCUUUUAUCGAGGGUGGACCUGCCGAUAUAGGCAUGACAGGGCCGAAUGGUGCGCAAGCAAGCAGGCGCGCUGCUGCGAUGCCGUACCAUUCGGCCGCAAAAGCAGUUCCUUCGCUCGAGUUGGUGACGCUCGGCAAGGGCAAGGCGUGCGAGAGCGCGCUUCCGGUGCCUGAUACAGAAGCGGCGUGGCUUGCUGGAAGUGUACCCGUGCUUCCUAGACCGCAGCGGCAGCGGCCGGCGUUGCCGCGCACGAACCUGGAGCUCCUGGCCAAGUUGGAAGAUGUGGACUGGAGCACGGACGAGGAUUCACAAUGUGAUUAG